GUAAAAGUUGGACACUUCCAAUGAAGAGUUUGUUGAAGUGAUGAAGCAAAAGAUGUGUGCAAGCAAGGAAACUGCAGGAAUCCAAACUUACAAACCACAUUUACUUAAAGGUGCACUGUGUAUCUUUUCUGGUGGUCUGUCCGCUCAGUGCUUGUCUGAAUGGAAUGUGUUAGGCCAAAUUAGGUUACAGGCCAGAUCUAUGGAGAGGAAACAACACUCACAGUAAAAAUCCUUGUUUGGGCUUGUGAGGCAGUAGUGAAAGGGAGAAAGAGGAAGGCCUGAAAACCUCACACGGGCAAUUCACAAAAGAACCUUUCAUCAGAGCUGAUGACACCGUCACUGUCAACAUGAGGAACGCGCUUCUCUUUGUCCUUGUACUGAUCACAGGAUUUGGUGCUUCAGCUGAUGUCCAUGGGUGUCUUGGAGGCUGGUUUGAAUUCACAUGUAACUUCAAAAACAAUGAUAAACAACCCUCAGUUCAUACCCCAAGAGGAACAUUAAAAAAUAUAAGCACCAAAAAUGAAAACACCUGGAAACUGGACAACACAACUUCACUGUACCACAAGACAACUGACAAAAACUUGACAGUGUCUGUCCAACAACUCACCAACAAUGACUUUGAUGACUAUGAGUGCAAGUGGGAGCCUAAGAAAAAGAAAAAAGAAAAAGAAAAAGAAAAAGAAAUAGAAAUAAAACUGAAAAAAGGUAAACACUGCCCCCAACCCUCAAAACUACAUGUUAACAGAGGGGCAAAACUUACCAUAAACUGUACUAUCACCUGUAGUGAGCAUGAAGUGAACUUUAUCUGCAAAAAUAACACAUUCACCUGUGACAAGAAGAGCUCAGGACGUAAUUACACCAUCAGUCAUGUGUUAGCAGUGAAUCAAGGGGUCUAUUUGUGUGGCUGUGAAUCACUUAAUCCGUAUUACAGAGUGUCACGAGAGAAAAUACACCUCGUACUUGUCAAGUCACCUACAGCACCACCAAAAAUGAAUACUGCAAACCCACACAUUACUACCACAAAGUCACCACACAGUACAGUGUCUGCCAAGUCACCUAUAGAAACAUCUACAAAUCCAAUUACUUUUACUCCCACACAGUCGCCACAGGGAACAGAUGGUUGGAGAAAUAUAGUUAUUGUAAUGGUGGUCUGUAUAAUCAUUUUACUGCUCGCCCUCGCCUUCUGCCUCCACAAAAAAUGGUGCACUUUCACAAAACCAGUGGCCUCUCUCAAAGAGAAGGAGCACUGCUAUGAUGAGAUACAGGAGCGCCCCCAGCAGCUCAGUUCAGGAACUGUACUGAAUACCGUCUAUGCCACUGCUACGCUUGAUCAUAUGAAGCCUGGGCCUCACAGCACUGGGCACAGUGCAGAUGCAGUAUUUAAAGACAAUGUCCUCUACGUGCAGUACUGAGAUUAAAGAAACUGUAUGCAAGAUUUUUAUUUUAUGUUCAAAUAAAAUAUAGCUUUUAGUAAUAACUA